GGCGAAAUAUGAAACUGUACUUACAGACAUCAAUAUACGUUUGGAUUGUAUUUGUUUACAAUUUUCGUUGUAACGGAAGGAUUGGUGAAUAAUCUUAGAACAGCAUCUUUUCAGUGUGUUUCAUCGAGAACAAGAAAAGAUUUAUAAUCUCAUUUGAGGACCUUGAGUAAAAAGUGAAUUUUGCUCUAUUGCUGAAUAGGAUUUGAGCAGUUUAAUAUCCUCUGACAGUAACUAUACUUCCAGACGAUUGAUUCAUUGUACGGCAUAUUGCAAGCCACUUUCCGCUAAUUGUGAUUUUGAAUAUUAACUUUUCUUUUGCUUGCAUACUCUUUAACUGUAAAUUACUUCUUUAUAAACGUUCUUGACUCCCCGUCAAAACUCAUUGAAAUCAUUUUCUAAAAAUGACUACACAAGCGGUUACUUCUAUUUUAGACACUGAUCUAUAUAAACUGACAAUGCUACAAGCUGUUUUGGAACACUACCCAACAGCUGAGGUUUCCUAUGUAUAUACAAAUCGUUCUCCUGAGAUGGCAUUAAACGAGGAAGCAGUUGCUUGGUUGAAGAACGGAAUCUAUAACUUGAAAAAUCUUAGGUUACUUCCAGAAGAAGAGGCUUGGCUUCGUCAGCGAUGCCCGUAUUUAAAGGAUUCUUUCUAUGAAUUUAUGCAUUCCUAUGCAUUUGAACCAAAAAAUGUUGUUUCCCUUGAGUAUGAUAGGGACACCAAGGACCUCGCUAUUACGAUUAAAGGACUUUGGAAAGACACUAUAUUUUACGAAAUUCCAUUGCUUGCUCUUGUUUCGGAGGCCUACUUUAAGUUUGUCGAUAAAGACUGGUCUUCUGAAGGACAGUUUGAAAAAGCUUACGAGAAAGGAAAGCGCCUCAUAAAUGCUGGCUGUUACUUUACAGAUUUUGGUAGUCGUCGUCGUCGUGAUCAUCAUGCCCAAGAUGUUAUGUUGCAAGGACUAAUUAAGGCUCAACAAGAUGUUGAAGGACCCGGUCGGUUCCUUGGAACUUCGAAUGUGCACUUUGCUCAAAAAUAUGACCUAGAAGUGUCUGGUACCGUCGCUCACGAGUGGUAUAUGGGUGUUGCAGCUAUAACUAAAAACUAUGCUGAUGCCAAUCGAAUCGCUUCAGAAAAGUGGGUACAAACAUUUGGUAAGAGCCUCUUGAUCGCUCUCACCGAUACCUUCUCCACCGAUGUGUUUUUACGUAACUUCACCGCAAAUACUCCUGAUGAUUUAGCUUGUGUUUUCCACGGUGUCCGACAGGAUAGUGGUGUCGCUGAAGAAUACAUUGAAAAAAUCGUUAAUCACUACCAAUCACUCGGCAUUGAUCCUUCUACGAAAAUGAUUGUUCACAGUGAUGCUUUGAACGUUGACCGUUGCAUUUCCUUGCAUAAUUAUGGCAAGAAGCUUGGUAUCAAGUCUUCCUUUGGAAUUGGUACCAAUUUUACCAGCGAUUUUAACCACGUAUCAAAGCCAGACCAAAAGAGCAAGGCUAUGAAUAUUGUAAUUAAACUACACUCUGCCAACGGAGCUAAAGCUGUCAAAAUCAGUGACGAUAUCAUGAAAAACACUGGUGAUAAAGAUGCCGUUGUAGAUGUCAAAACGCAACUUGGUCUUCCUUUGAAGUAA